CCAUGAUGUUUGUGCCUAAAGUAUACAAUAUGGCCAUUGCUCACAUGAAUAUGAUAUCCCCAUAAUGUCUUGGAGGACAAAUCCAUGUGAUUGGUAAUGACUCAUAUCUCUCUACCAUUCAAUCUCAUCUUCCUAUAUAAAGAUCAUGCAGUUGAGCUCAAAAUCAACUCAUUCUCCACAUUCCAAUUAUCAAAAGAAAUUUUCAGCUUAGUAACGCCAUGGGUUUUCGGUUGCCUGGUAUUGUUCAUGCUAAGAAAAGUUUUCAACGAUCUACAUCAAGAGGAAAUGGAGCAUCUCCAAAGGGCGUAGAUGUUCCAAAGGGGUACUUUACCGUUUAUGUUGGCAAGGUACAAAAGAAGCGAUUCCUCGUCCCACUGUCUUGUCUGAACCAACCUUCAUUUCAAGAUUUAUUGAGUGAAGCAGAGGAAAAAUUUGGAUAUGAUCAUCCAAUGGGUGGCAUCACAAUUCCUUGCAGUGAAGAAACUUUCCUUAGUCUCACACAGAGUUAGGGAUUGAUUUACAAAAGUAGAUAGCAGAGGACAAUGAUUAGAAUAGCAUACAAUGUAUACUCUUAACAUUUUUGAAUGAGAACUUGAUUCUUUGAAUUCAAU